AUGGCGACGACUGUCAGCUGUGUCCCUGGCGACGACUGUCAGCUGUGUCCAUGGCGACGACUGUCAGCUGUGUCCAUGGCGACGACUGUCAGCUGUGUCCAUGGCGACGACUGCCAGCUGUGUCCAUGGCGACGACUGCCAGCUGUGUUCCUGGCGACGACUGCCAGCUGUGUCCCUGGCGACGACUGUCAGCUGUGUCCAUGGCGACGACUGUCAGCUGUGUCCAUGGCGACGACUGUCAGCUGUGUCCAUGGCGACGACUGUCAGCUGUGUCUAUUGCGACGACUGUCAGCUGUGUCCAUGGCGACGACUGUCAGCUGUGUCUAUUGCGACGACUGUCAGCUGUGUCCAUGGCGACGACUGCCAGCUGUGUCCCUGGCGACGACUGUCAGCUUUGUCCAUGGCGACGACUGCCAGCUGUGUCCAUGGCGACGACUGUCAGCUGUGUCCAUGGCGACGACUGUCAGCUGUGUCCCUGGCGACGACUGCCAGCUGUGUCCAUGGCGACGACUGCCAGCUGUGUCCCUGGCGACGACUGUCAGCUGUGUCCAUUGCGACGACUGUCAGCUGUGUCCAUGGCGACGACUGUCAGCUGUGUCCCUGGCGACGACUGUCAGCUUUGUCCAUGGCGACGACUGCCAGCUGUGUCCAUGGCGACAACUGUCAGCUGUGUCCAUGGCGACGACUGUCAGCGGUGUCCAUGGCGACGACUGCCAGCUGUGUCCAUGGCGACGACUGCCAGCUGUGUCCAUGGCGACGACUGUCAGCUGUGUCCCUGGCGACGACUCUCAGCUGUGUCCAUGGCGACGACUGUCAGCUGUGUCCAUGGCGACGACUGUCAGCUGUGUCCAUGGCGACGACUGCCAGCUGUGUCCAUGGCGACGACUGUCAGCUGUGUCCAUGGCGACGACUGCCAGCUGUGUCCAUGGCGACGACUGCCAGCUGUGUCCAUGGCGACGACUGCCAGCUGUGUCCAUGGCGACGACUGUCAGCUGUGUCCAUGGCGACGACUGUCAGCUGUGUCCAUGGCGACGACUGCCAGCUGUGUCCCUGGCGACGACUGCCAGCUGUGUCCCUGGCGACGACUGCCAGCUGUGUCCCUGGCGACGACUGCCAGCUGUGUCCCUGGCGACGACUGCCAGCUGUGUCCCUGGCGACGACUGCCAGCUGUGUCCAUGGCGACGACUGCCAGCUGUGUCCCUGGCGACGACUGCCAGCUGUGUCCAUGGCGACGACUGCCAGCUGAGCUUCUCCCGUUGUUGA